AUGGAUUAUUCAGCACCGGAAAAAAGAGAAUUUCGUAAUGAAGGGAUGGAGAUAAUACGAGUAGCCCUAAUGCUAUUGAUAAUGGUGCUUUUUCUUGGGUACAUGAUGAUUUGGAUAAUAAUGCCCGUUAACACAUAUGGGCUACUCUAUUUGCCUGAUAUUUAUGCUAAGGGAGAACAAGGUGCAAACUUUAUUCUUUACUCAUUCCCCCUCCUAGCAAUUAGUGUUCUGGGAUUUUUGUACCUCGAUGUAGGAAAGACAGACGUUGGUCACAACAAUGGGAGCUUUGCCAAGAAUUCUUAUUUAGCAAAAUGGAAAAGGCCAAUCUUCGUGAAGGGACCACUGGGGAUUGUUUCUAGGACAGAACUGUUCUUUCUGUCUGCAUUCAUACUUCUCCUUUGCUGGUCAUUCUCUGCCUAUGUACACAUGUUCUUCGGAGACGUCACCAGACAACCCGAUUUCCCGAUGGGAGCCAACCUAUGGAAAGCAAAAAUGGAGAUUGCAGGGCUAACGCUAGGCCAUGCAGGAAAUGCUUGUCUGGCUUUUGUCUUCUUUCCGGUGACCAGAAGUUCUUCGCUCUUGCGGCUGCUUGGCCUUACGUCGGAGUCGAGCAUCAAGUACCACAUUUGGCUCGGGCAUAUUACUCUGGCUCUCUUCUCAGCACACAGCUUAUAUUUUAUCAUCUUCUGGGCAAGUACGAACCAAAUUUCCCAGAUGCUCGAAUGGGGGGAAACUGGGAUCUCUAAUCUGGCAGGAGAAAUAGCUAUGGUCGUUGGAUUAGCCAUGUGGGCCACAACCUUCCCCCGCAUCAGGCGCAAGUUUUUUGAGGUCUUCUUCUACACUCACUAUCUCUAUAUUCCCCUCAUGGUCUUCUACGUUUUUCAUGUGGGCUUCUCCUACUUCUGCAUCACGCUUCCUGGUUUCUACCUCUUCUUGGUUGAUCGGUAUUUACGCUUCUUGCAAUCCCAGCGGAAGGUCCGCUUAGUUUCUGCCCGUAUUUUGCCUUGUAAAGCCGUGGAGCUCAACUUCUCUAAAUGCCUAGGGUUGAGAUAUAAUCCAACAAGUAUCAUGUUCAUUAACCUGCCGGGAAUCUCCAAGCUUCAAUGGCAUCCUUUUACCGUCACCUCCAACAACAAUACCGAUCCUGACAGGUUAAGUGUCCUCAUAAAGUGUGAAGGAAGCUGGACUGAGUCACUGUACCAAAAACUUUCUCAGCCUAUCCCAUUGGAGCGCCUUGAGGUCUCUGUUGAAGGACCUUACGGACCUGCAUCAAUUCAUUUCUUCAGGCAUGACACACUAGUGAUGAUAAGCGGAGGAAGUGGCAUCACUCCUUUUUUCUCCAUUAUUCGCGAGCUCCUCUUUUACGCAAGCAGAAGAAGUUGCAAGACAAAACAGGUUCUCCUAAUUACGACUUUCAAGAAAUCUGUGGAUCUCACCAUGCUAGAUCUCCUCCUCCCAGUCUCCGCCAACUACGACAUUACUCAAUUGCCCUUGCGGAUUGAGGCAUAUGUAACAAGAGAGAAAGAACCCAUUCCAGAUGACCAAAAGCUCUGCCAAACCGUAUGGUUCUUGCCCAGUGCCACGGAUGCACCAGUUUCUGCAAGUUUAGGCUCAAACACCUGGCUUUGGCAUGGAGCUAUAAUUUCAUCCUCAUUUUUCACAUUCCUUCUGUUCUUUGGCAUUCUUGCAAGAUACUACGUUUACCCGGUUGAUAACAACACUAGCACGAGAUUUUCAUACACGGAAAAAAAUGCUCUAAGCAUGUUUUUCAUAUGUCUCUCCAUAGCUAUGACCGCAACAGCAGCUUUUAUUUGGCACGAAAAACAGAAUGCCAAGAAAAUGACGCAGAUUCACAGCUUGGAUAGGCCAAAGCCAAAGGGAAUACCGAGACCAGGUCAAUGGCUCUACAAUUCGAAGAGAGAUUUGGAAAGUUUUCCUCAUCAGUCCCUUUUUCAAAAUACAACGGUGCAUUAUGGUGAAAGGCCUGAUUUCAAGAAAUAUCUACGAGUGCGUGAAGGAUCUAGCAUGGGGGUUCUUGUUAGCGGCCCAACGAUGAUGAGGCAACAAGUUGCAGCAAUUUGCUCAUCCAGUGAGGCAGAUAACCUACAUUUCGAAUCAAUGAGCUUCAGCUUUUGAUGCGGGGUGGGGGGCAAGAUUUCCCGAUGAGUCCUUCUCCACUCUCCAGAUGCUCCAAAAGCUAAAAAGAACGUUGGGUUUCUGUUUACCCUAAAUUUUACUCGGUCGAGUGUCGAAAGACUUUGAUUUUGAAGUACUGGAAUGUGGGUGGAAUGUGGGUGUUAGUGAGUGGAGUUUGGUUUCUUGUCGGACUUUGAAGUACUGGAACGUGGGUGUUAGCGAGUGGAGUUUUGGUUUCUUGCCAUAUUUCACGACUUUUCUGGAAACAAAUCUAA